AUGCACCGACUCACCGAGGAAAGUGCCGGGGUUCGGAUGCCUGCACAUGUCAGCGACUCGCCAUCCCCCAAGAUCGAAGCAAGAGUCGAUGAUCCUGGGUGGCCAUUGUUAAACAGCUUGGUCCUCGACGGAAUUGCAGACUGCAAGCACCGGGAUUGGCUGGCCUAA